AUGGAGCCCAAUCCGGCUCCCCCACCUGUUGGAAUGCGAUCUGGAAUCGGUAGUGCAGGAGGUGGACUUGGUAGUAGGGGCGGUGACCCCGGCUCGGGGGGAGGUGUCGGAAACUCAGGCCCAGGUGAUUACGCUCAUAGGAGUUACGGCAGCUUCGGCGAUUACAAUUAUGGCCCUCCAAGUGGCUGGUCUGAAUCCUAUUCUGACUGGUAUGGCAGAGAUACGCCGCAAACUGGGCGCACUGAUGACUACGCCAUUAGUGAUGGAAUGGGGCCAUUCGGUGAGUCGGCUUCGCUUGUUUUAUAUUUAUUCUCAAUCCCUUUUGGAGCAUUUGAUUAUUGA